AUGCGAGUUACAAACACCGUCAAACUCUGUCUCUCCUGCCUGCUAAAACGCGGCCACCACCCACCCCCGUCGUCAUGGAAGGGCAAGGCGCCUCUUGAAGACGCCUCGGCGGUGCAAGUCAACUGUUUCGCUACUGUGGACUGUGGUGCCGAGCAAGACUCGUGCUGCGGCGCGGAGAAGAUCGAUGAUGACGAGGCCGACGACUUCCACAGCAUCAUCAGCGACAGCAGUACGGGGAGCAAGUCCCGGCUGGUGCGUGUGGUGAGCGUCGUGCGGACGAGACGACGGUGGACCGGCGAACAGGAGCGCGAUCUCAGUAUCGCCGAGCACGAGCUGGCGAGAUGUCAGAAGGCGUGGAGCUCAGAACAGGAGCUAUGGUUGGCAUAUAUCAAAGACCUCGAGGAGGAAAAAGAAGCACACGAAGAUUUCCUCCACCAUCGAUCGAAGCAACAAGACGACGAGCGCCUGCGGUUCCGUCGGGCAUGGGAACGACGACGGUCGGAUGAUGGACAAUCGGAUCCUUCGCCGAGACGGAAUAGUAUGAGCAAGCUGCGACGAUUGCGCAAGGGCAGUGACAGCAGUUGA